AUGUUUGAGUAUCUCUUGAAUGCCGUUCUUUUGGAGCCGGCAUGCAAAGUCCAUCGAAUCGCCAAAAUCGCUAACGCGGUCCUCCCUCCUCCCUCCACUGAUGCGCAAAGCGAACCGACGGUGGAAGGUGAUUUCGAUAUAUUUGGUAGCACGAUGAAUUCACAGACGAAGCAUCAGAAGAAUAUGGAUGUUGUGUGUGACCAGUGCAAGCGCGCCAUUGCUGCAUGUCGUUUUGCACCUCAUCUCGAAAAGUGCAUGGGAAUGGGCAGGAACAGCUCACGGGUUGCGCGACGCCGUAUCAAUCAGACAAUCAAUUAUGCAAGUUCGUUAAAAAACUCCAAUUCAACGAGCCAUUUGCGAGAAUCCUGCGGACACGAGAGCGAGUUCGAUCGUUCCGAUGUAAGCGUCCAGCAGCAUUUGUUUAAUCUCAACUUUGUAUGA